UCUCAGGGUAAUACAUCGCUCUCUGAAGAGUGCAUACCGUUGCAUAAUGCAUCUCCCUUCUCUGUGGUUUCCUGCAAACUACAUUCAAUGCACCUCCUAACGCCACUUCAAAUGUAACUAUGCAUGUUCACUGUGAGAAUCUACGCAUUGAUAAGAAUUUUCCCAUAUUUACAUUGGGCUGGGCAAUUGUUUUAUCAGCAGUCAUAUCAGUGGAACAAAGAUGGUGUAAUGCGGUUAACGAGGAGUCGUAUUCGUUCAAUUACGUAAUAAAUGUUGAGGGUAUUAUCAGUCAACACAAUGAACACCGUCAUUUCGACGUAACCAGAGGUUCCUACAGCUUUUUGCAGCCAGAUGGACAAGUACGAGUGGUGGAGUACCAGGUGGACACCGAUAAUGGCUUCAAAGCUUUUGUUAAGUACCGAAAAAUAUCAAGCAGGCUUGAAGGUCAUUUAAGAUUCCCAAAGGACUUCUCUCAUCCUGUCGUUUUAGCAGUGCCAGUUAGUUUAAUAUCUAGCGACCUAUUUAACGCUGAAGACAAAUAUCCGAAUUUUCCACACUAGUCAAAGGAAAAGUGCAAGAGGAAAAGACUGAUAUUUAUUUGCAUAAUUAAACAGAAUGGGUGGAGCAAAAUUUAUCUGUAAAUAACAUUUGAAUAAAGUAUA